GGUAGCAUGGCUGCUCCACAUGCAACUUGCCGGGUCGGGUCAAGGCCCAAAAAAAUAAAGUGCCCCGCCCCGUUUAUAUCCAAAACCUUCGACCUCCUCGACGCGGCCGAGGCUGGUGGCGCGACCGGCGUGGUUUCGUGGAACUCGGGAGGAAACGGAUUCGUGGUAUGGUCGCCGGCGGAGUUCUCCAAACUCAUGCUUCCUAAAUAUUUCAAACACAACAAUUUCUCUAGCUUCGUUCGACAGCUUAAUACCUACGGCUUCAAGAAAACAGCAUCCAAACGAUGGGAAUUCAAGCACGAUAAAUUCUUGAAAGGUUUCAAGCAUCUGUUGGUGGAGAUCAGCCGCAAGAAGGUCGAGCCGAGCAUGUUCCCGCAGCUUCUAGAAGCUUCCAGAGGCGGCCAUCGGGAUGGGAUCACUUCCCUCAUGAAAGAAAAUCAAACCCUAAGAAGAGAGAGAAUGGAACUCAAAUUGCAAAUAUCUCAUUUCAAGACUAUGGAAAUGAGGCUGCUCGGAUGCAUUUCACACUACAUGACCACUCGUUGCUAGGGGCAGACGCAGGAAAAUAUCUUAGAGGGAGCUAAAAUCGAAAACUUUUGAAGAAAAGGGCUGCCAAUUAAAAAUUUCUAAAAAAUUAUGUAAGGUUAAAAAAUAUGAAAAUGGCCUUUUGACAAAGUUAGGAGGUUAAUUAGGUUAACUUUACUAUCUUUUAUUUUGCACGCGUAAUAUGUACGUUUUAAUAGUAUGUUUUACUUAUAUAAUUAAGUGCAUGCAAAUGGCCAAAUGCAUCUAUAGGUCAUUGUAUUAGUUAAUUUUA